AUGAGUAGCCCCACUUCCACUCAGUCGACGCGCACCGCUCUAAUUGUGCGCCCGAUACCCGUUUCAACUUCAGUAAAAAUAAUAAAUGCAAACAUGAAUAUACUUCGCGUUCCGUGUUUUGUGCUACUGCUUGCGGUGACCAUUUCAUCGGAAGACUUAGAAAAACCUCAUCCACUUUCUGAUUCUUUUAUAAAUAUAAUAAAUUCCAAACAAAACUCAUGGAAAGCUGGUCAGAAUUUUCCACCUCACAUGCCAUUAACGACGAUCAUAAAAAUGAUGGGGACCCUUAAAGAUGAUUUUAUUUCAAAACUGGAGAAUGUGCAGCAUGACGAAGAGCUCAUAGCGAGUUUGCCCGACAGUUUCGACCCUAGAGAUAAAUGGCCAAAUUGUCCAACAUUAAACGAAAUAAGAGAUCAAGGUUCUUGCGGCAGUUGUUGGGCUUUCGGAGCAGUAGAAGCAAUGACUGACCGAUACUGUAUUUACUCAAACGGAACAAAGCAUUUUCAUUUCUCCGCUGAAGAUUUAUUAAGUUGUUGUCCUAUUUGCGGCCUCGGUUGUAAUGGGGGUAUACCUACAAUGGCAUGGCAAUACUGGAAGCACUUCGGUUUAGUUUCAGGGGGUAGUUUUAAUUCUACUCAGGGUUGCAGACCAUACGAAAUAGCUCCCUGCGAACAUCACGUUCCAGGCAAUAGAAUGCCGUGUAGCGGAGAUACCAAGACGCCCAAAUGCUUUAGAGCAUGCCAACCUAAUUAUAACGUUCCAUACAAAAAGGACAAAAGAUACGGAAAACAUGUGUACUCUGUAAGAGGUGGUGAGGGUAACAUAAGAGCUGAGAUAUUUAAGAACGGCCCUGUUGAAGCUGCUUUCACUGUGUAUGCUGAUUUCCUUUCAUAUAAAAGUGGUGUUUACAAACAUGUAGCAGGGGAUGCCCUCGGUGGCCACGCUAUUAAAAUUAUGGGAUGGGGAGUCGAUAAUGGUAACAAAUAUUGGCUUAUUGCAAACUCUUGGAAUUCCGAUUGGGGAGACAAUGGUUUCUUCAAAAUUCUUCGCGGAGACGAUCAAUGUGGCAUUGAAAGUUCUAUAAUUGCUGGCGAACCACAAUUUGAAUAAUUAUUAUGUGAAUUAAAAUAAACGAUUUUUAUAAGUUUUGUGCUUGAUAAAUUGUUUUUAUAUUUCUUGUUCGAAAAAUAUGUUGAUUUUUUUAUUUUAAAAACGUCGAUUAUAAACGUAACAACUUUUUGUUGAUGUAAUUAUCUGAAUUAAUUUACUACUGCUGAUGAAUCUUUGAAUAUAUGAAAAUAUUUUAUAUUGAUUUUUAUUAUUUACAAAUCUUAGGAAAUACUUAUACUUCAAGUUGAAAGAAAUAUAUUUCUUGUUAAAUAGAUUCUUUAACGAUUGAGUUACAUAAUUAUUAAAGUUUUCAGAGUUAUUUAUCUCAUUAUAAUUAGAGUAGAGUAACAGAGAUAGGUACUUGUGUGUUGUAUACUAUUUGAGACGUCGUUAGGUCAGCAAGCAUUAGAUUUAAUUAAGAAAAUAAACAAUAACUCAAUAAUAAUACAAAUAAAUUAAUUUGAAUUUUGA